CAAAAGUACGCCACCCUUGCACGGUGGAGGCCAACAUAACAGAUAAGAGGACACAGCGGCAGCAGAAGGAGGAAGAAGCAAAUUCGUCAGUGUAUUUACAGUAUAUUUUUAAAAUGAGGCGGUAUAUUUAGGUAUAUUUCAGAGGGUGAUAAUCCGGCAGCCAUCUUUUUUUUCAAUACAAUCAAAAAUUUUCUGCUGGGUGGCUGGGCGUGUCUUUCGAGUGCUGGAAAUCUAAAAUUUUCAGCAACGCAAUAGCAAGUGCUUUUAAAAAAACAAAAAAUUGGAAGCAUUAAGUGUUUACAAGCCGUAAUAAACCCACUAACACACAUCGCCAAAAUGCCACGAUACCGGGAAUGGGACCUGGCCUGCAAAGUCUACGUGGGAAACCUGGGCUCAUCUGCCUCCAAAUACGAGAUUGAGAACGCGUUCAGCAAGUAUGGACCCUUGCGCAACGUUUGGGUGGCCCGCAACCCGCCAGGCUUUGCAUUUGUGGAGUUUGAGGACCGUCGUGAUGCAGAGGACGCAACCCGUGGCCUGGACGGAACCCGUUGCUGUGGCACACGCAUUCGCGUGGAAAUGUCUUCUGGUCGGUCACGCGAAGGACGAGGCGGUGGCGGCGGCGGUGGUGGUGGCGGCGGAGGAGGUGGCGGUGGACCGCGUCGUGGCGCCCGAAGCGGUAGUGGGGGCGGCGGCGGCGGUGGUGCCCGUGCUGGGGACGGCGGUGGACGAUAUAGGAUCAAGUCUUCUACUACUACAAGCACAACAACAACAACAACUACAACAAUAAGAACAACAACAACAGCUACUACUACUAGAACUUCUACUACUCCUCUUCCUUCAACAAGAACUACUACUACAACAACAACAACCACCACCACCACCAGAACAAGUUCACGUCUCACAACUACUACAGCUCCUGCUCCUCCUCAGACACACAUUUCACCACCAACUCCAACAAGAACACCAACAAUACCAUACACCACAUCCAACUGCAAACGAAAGUUGUGUGGCUUUAGUAUGAUAUUUGCCGAUUUCUGCUACUUCAACAAGUUCGAUAUAUUCCGUUGACAGCAACAAAUGACGAUUACAGCAACACUAAAUGCACACAUGCUCCCUUCCACCACCACCACCACCACAAAAACACCACACCACACAACUACCACUACCCCCACCACCACCCACAGGAUGGGAUGGGAUGGGAUACCUGGGUGCAGUCAGUCCAGUCCAGUCCACACCAUCAUCAACAACAACCAACAACUAGAGGCUAUGGCUAUGGCUGCAACAGCAAUAGCAAAAACGAAAAAUCAGCACACCCACCCACCCAACCACCCACGACAUCUCCAGACAUCAGUCAUAGUUCAUUUUGUUUUCUUUUGUUUCUACCGAUUUAUGUUCUGUUGCAAGCAAAUCAAAUAUUGUUGACUGCAGCAAUCAGCAAACGCGUGCAACUGUAACCACACUAAAAACAGAAGCAGCACAGCAGCAAGUGCGACAACAAGAACAGCAACAAAGCCAGCAACACUCUAACCAUAACUGUUCCAGAAUAUCCAUCCGAAUCCAAGUCAAACUCCAAUUAUAACUCUGUACAGAAGCACACACACACACACACACACACACACACACUCAAAACCGAACACAAACGAAACGAAACCCAGAUACAGACACCAAUUCAACCCGAUCCAAUCCAAGCCCCAUCCCAAUGCAAUCGAAUCCAGCAACGCUUCAUUCAGGCAACUUGGUCCAACGUCAACGUUCUUAGGCCUCGACUACUUCUCUCCAGAGCUUCAAGUCGAUCGAAUUGUCCCCAACCUCAGCCACCAUCAUCACCAAUCAAUCAGCACCAAACAACCACCACAUCAUUUGUCAUCUUCAGCGCAGCCUA